AUGCCACGCACAGAGAAAGCCCGUAAUAAGCCCGUCAAGGGAGCCAAGAAGAAGAAGGACCCCAAUGCCCCUAAGCGUGGUCUCUCCGCCUAUAUGUUCUUCGCCAACGAACAGCGUGAGAACGUCCGCUCUGAGAACCCCGGCAUUGCCUUCGGUCAAGUCGGCAAAGUUCUUGGUGAGCGCUGGAAGGCCCUGACCCCUCUGCAACGGAAACCAUACGAGGACAAGGCCCAGACCGAUAAGGAGCGCUACGAAAAGCAGAAGGCGGCCUACCUUGAGGAACAGUCUGCGGCUCCCGAGGAUGAAGAAGAGGAGGACGACGACUAG